AUGGCCAAAUAUAAAGCGUGCUUCCUUGGAAUUGCAAUGGUAGUCGACAUGAACAUCAAAGAGCUUUUGGUCAUAGGAGAUUCCGAUUUGCUGAUACACCAAGUCCAAGGAGAAUGGUCCACCAAGAAUGUCAAGAUACUUCCAUACCUGCACUGCAUGAAGGAGCUAUACAAGAAGUUCCCAAAGAUUAAGUUCAAGCACGUCCAUAGGAUUCAGAAUGAGUUCGCUGAUGCCCUUGCAACCUUAUCAUCUAUGAUUCAGCAUCUAGACAAGAACUAUAUCGACCUUAUCGAGGUAGAGAUCAGGGAUCAACAUGCCUAUUGCUUCUAUGUAGAUGAAGAACCCGAUGGUAAACCAUGGUAUCACGAUAUCAAGAGAUUCCUUGCAACUAGAGAAUACCUAGAUAAUGCUACUAAUGGUUAA